GGGGGAGCGCGCGGAAUCCCGUUCCCCCCCUCCCUCCGCUGCCAGCCCGCCGCUGCAUCCCCUCGCAUCCUUGGAGGGCGUUGCUUUUUUGGCCCUUUGCCGAAUGGUGCCAGCUGCCCCCUCAAGAUGCAGCGAAGAUGCCAGAGAGCGCCUGGAAACUGGCCUUCUACACCAUCGCCUGGACAUACGACACGUAUUUGCUUUUCUUCUGCGACUACCCAUUUUUCUACGAUCCCCCGUCAGUCUUUUAUGACUGGAAGACAGGGAUGGAAGUGCCGGCCGACAUUGCGGUUGCCUACCUGAUGCAGGCCAGCUUUUACGGCCAUGCCCUUUAUGCCACGCUCUACAUGGACGCCUGGCGCAAGGACUCGGUCGUCAUGCUCAUCCACCACGUGGUCACCCUGAUGCUGAUUGUCGCCUCUUACAUUUUCAGGUAUCACAAUGUUGGGAUUCUGGUCCUCUUCCUCCAUGACAUCAGCGACAUCCAACUGGAGUUCACCAAACUCAAUGUCUACUUCAAGUACCGUGGCGGGACUUACCACCGGCUCAACGACAUCAUCUCAAACAUCGGCUGCGUCACCUUCUGCAUCAGCUGGUUCUGGUUCCGCCUGUACUGGUUUCCCUUGAAGGUGCUUUACGCCACCUGCCACACCAGCCUCCAGACUGUCCCUGGCAUCCCGUUCUACUUUUUCUUCAACGCUUUGCUGCUGAUGCUCACCCUCCUGAAUAUCUAUUGGUUCCUGUACAUCGUCUUCUUUGUGACCAAGGUCUUCAUGGGGCAAGUCCAGGAGCUGAAUGACGUGCGGGAAUACGAUGUCGAUGUGGCCUCCAGGACGAAAGAUGGCGAGCUUCGCCUCCCCAGCUCCUUGAAGGAGGGGAAACAUCUGAAGAACGGGCUCGUGAAGGACAAGCGCUUAUGAAGGGGCGCCUGGUGGACUGUGACUGAGCGAUGCUGUGAGCCUCCCCUCCCCGCAAACACACACAUACAACUUCAUUCAGCACCCCCACGCACCCCCAGCCUGCUUCAAGAGCCUCCCACCGACUCCCAUCUUGGUGCUGAGUUCCAGAGCCAGCGAGGGAAGGCAAUUCGUUAGGGUUCUUGUGCCGGGGGGCCUUCCUUUGACGCCAACGGGAGCCCCCCGACGGACAUGCCCGCCCCCCCAGACAGGUUGGCACGGCGCGGCCGGAUGGGCAGCAUUCCAGAGGGAAGCGACCCCUCUUCUUCGACGGCGGCCUCGCGGGGAGUGGCUCUGCCUGGCAGAGCCUUCUUCGGGGUGGCCCCAUGGGCGGAGCCCCUUCCUGGUGCCUCCCUCUCCGCUCCAGAGCCGUGAUUGGUGAAGGCGGAGAAGAAGCCUCUUGACGGAAGCAGCCAGCGGCCAAUGACGGGAGGCGGCGGCAAAUUAAAGCACUCAUGCGGACGGAUGAAUCUUCGUCCUUUCCAGUUGGGGCCGAAGACGAGCGUCCCAGAACGGACUUUGAUCACGAUCCCUUUAAAAAUUAUUUUCCGGGGGUUGGUCUUUAGCCGGGGCGGGCAAGGCGAAGCGGGGUCGGAUGAUUAAAUGCAAGCCCUUUUGUGAUGACGUCGCUGGGGAGCAGAAAGACAUUGGAAGAGCUGUGUUCGAGUUUGCUGUUUGGCCAGCAUCAUCUUUCUCCCUCCCCUUCCCCGAACCGAGGACUGUUGCAGCUGAUCGAAGGGGAGUAGAGCCUCCAGCUUGAGGGGCAGUGGGCCUGCCAGGGCUGCUCUGUAAUUUAGCACAGAGAGAGACAAGAGGUGGGAUUUUUAAAGAAGGAUUUUAAGGAGAAAGGCGCGGGAAAAUAUUUUAAUUAAAUGAAUCACUUUUGCCUCUGGAACUCAACCAAGGGCCCUAGAGGGUCAUGGACUACGACCCCCAGACGCCUUGAUCGUUGGCUAAACUCAGCUGGACCUCUGGGAGUCGUAGUCCGAAAGGAUUUUAGGGCCCCAGGUUUGAGACCCGCAGGGGUUGAAGCUCCCCGGCGGUCCAUUUAAAGCAUCAUGUCUCAAAAACUGACCUGUUGGAUGGGGGUGAAAAACCCUGCUGAAGUCAAAGCUGCUUACAAAGGACUACCUUAUAGGGCUGUGGUGAGCCCUGACCUAUAAAUAAUAAUUAUAAUCUUAGAACGGCAGAGCUGGAAGGGACCCCGAAGGAUCAUCCAAUCCAGCCCCUGUCCCGGAGGCCCUGUGGGGGAUUCGAACUCCCAACCUCGGGCUCCGCAGCCAGAGAGACCCUCAACCCCUGAAUAAAGGAAGAACGUAGAUUGAUUUGAUUUUUCUAGUGGAUGCAUUUGUAUUGAUGUGGGGUGUAUAAAUGGGUGUGAUGAUGCAA